AUGGUAGCCAAGGUCCUUAUAGUCGGUGGAAUUCAAACCUUUACUAGUAAUUUAAUAGACGAGCUCAGAAAUCCCAAUGACACGCCAACAAUACGGGUAAUCGAUAAAUUCGCAAUAAACGAGGGAUAUUCAACGACACAUCUGUCUAAUGAAUUCAAGGAAACUUUAUUAAACACUCCUAAUCUCACUUAUACCCAAGUAAACUUACUCAACAAAUCCACUCUCAAUUCAAUAUUUGAGACAUUCAAUCCAACUCAUGUCUUUGAUUUAUCUGGUGACAUUAGAUUCGACGUUAAUGAGUUACAGCAUAUUCAAUCCACAAUCGCUUCUUAUCAGCUCGGUUUGAUCGCUGCUUCACAUUCUAUCCAAUCGUACAACAAACUAACUUUCCCUUUCUACGAAUUCCCCAGCAAUCCAGUCUCUGAACACUCCCAUCUCCAACCUCAAGGUGGUAGAGGUGUUUGGUGGCAUGAAUCGUUGCGCUGUCUGUCCACAAUUCCAAAUCUACCCCUGUCCAUACUUAGGAUAGGUGUUUGGUAUGGUCCUAACCAAAUACACGGUAAGAUUACACCUAGGGUCAUGUGUGGUGACAUAUAUCGUUACUUGGGCGAAGAGAUGAAAUUUUUAUGGGAUGGUGAUCUCAAAUUGAACACCGUACACACUCGAGAUGUUGCCAGAGCGUUAGUUGAGCUUGGAAAGUGGAGGUCUAACUGCAAUCCACCGCAAUCCACCCUCAACGACAUAAUAUCCUACGCAAAUGACGAAAAACUCGAGCAAUUCAAACUCCCAAGCAGAAAAGCAGUCGGUAAAGCUCCUCUAUUCAACCUCGUAGAUGAUUCAAACGCUACACAAUCAUCAGUCGCUGAAGUAAUCGCCAAUGUAUUUAGAGUUAAGACUGGUUUCCUGGGUGGACUCGUCUCUACGUUUGCACGAAUGGAUAUUGAGGAAAUGAUUGAUGAUGUCAAUGAAAAACAUAUCCAAGCGUGGUCUGAGAUGUUGCAUCGGAGUAACAUACGAGACAGCCCGUUGACGCCAUAUCUCGAUGAGCACUUUUUUAAAAAGAAUCCAAUCGCUCUUGAUCCAUCAAAGAUCAAGAAGACGCUCAAUUUCAAGUGCAAGCAUAGUAAACUCACUACCAGCGACAUACAAGCUAUCGUGGAUGGAUUCCGCGAUCAACGCGUAUGGCCGUUCUACUUUUAA